AACAACAACACACCCGCACAUCUAAACACAAACUUUAUCAGCAACUUUCCAUUCCACUCGCUACCCACACCGUCCCUCACCGCCUCACCGCCUCCUCCCGCAGGGGCUGAACGUGGCGGUGGGGCUCACGGACUCCCUCAAGCUGCACCACCUCCUGUUCGACUCCCUGCGCCCUUACAGCGAGGUGCACGUCCGCCGUUGUGCCUGCUGCCGCUACUCCCCCGGCGGGCACCUGCUGGCGGCCGCUGAUGGUCACCUUGUUCUUCUUACCUCCACACUCACGCUGAAGAAGAGCAUCACCCUGAAGGGACACUCGGCAAAGGUGACGGGAGUGGGCUGGUACCCGGACAGUUCUGCCGUGAUGGCGUGCGGGGCUGACGGGAAUAUCAUUGGUUGGGACGUGUGCCGCGGCCAAACGCUGUGGCAGAUGUCGCCCGGGGAGUCGUGUUCCUACCUGGCGGCCACCCUCUCGUUGGACGGCCAUGCUACGCUGCUGGCGGGCCACGCGACGGGCUUUGCUGAGAUCACAGGGGGGCAGCUGGUCCAGGAGAUGAGCUGCGACGGUGCCGGCGAGGUGGUGAGCGCGGGCCUGGCUGCUGUGAAGGCUCUGCUGGCUCUGGGCACCACCAAGGGCCACCUGCUGCUCAACAAGUUCCCGCUACACAUGGCAAGACCCGCCUUCACCCCGGUGCCAGCCCACGCAGCGCCCAUCGUCAGGGUGCUGGUGACGGCGGACGAGGGGCGGCUGGUGACGUGCGGCGGGGACGGCGUGGUGAUGGUGUGGUGCGUGGCGGCCGUCGACGAGAAGUCCCCGGGUUACGUGGCGGCGAGGGAGCGACUGCAGGACCUGCCAGACGUGCCCGAGAUGAUGGUGGCCCGCGCUGACCUCCAGCAAACUCAGCAGCGCGUGGAUGAGCUGGAGCGGAGAGUGUCUUAUCUGGUGCGAGACAAGGAGGUGCACUUGGAUCUUCAGCAGCAGGAGUUUGAGGUGAACCGCGAGGCUCUCCUAGCGCACCACCAGGAUACCAUAGACCGCCUCAACGCCGCUAUUCAGGAGAUGGAGAGGGAGCGGCAGAGUCUUGAGGAGAGCCACGCGCAGGCCCUGGAGCAAGUGACGUACGAACACCAGGGCGAGCUUGCCAACCACCAGCAGGAGUUGAGGAAGAAGCUUCUUUACGAGUACUCCAAGCAGGACAAGCUGGAGACGUCGCUGAAGGAGAUGCGCCUCACCCUCGACAGGAAGGUGGCGGAGGCGGAGAGAAAGACGCGGGAGGAGCUGCAGGGGAGACUGAAGCAGCAGGAGGCGGUGGUGGAGAGACUUAACACUGAUCUGGAGAAGACAAGCGCGGAGCUGGAGAGGGGAGCGCAGCGAGGGGGCGGAGGUGGUGAGGCUGGUGGAGGCGUCGACGGAGGCUGAGCUGGGGCAGGUGCGCGCCUCCCUCCACGCCCAGCUGGCCGAGGAACACUCCACCGUGAUCAAGCUGAGGAGCGAGAGAGCCCGCGCUGA